UUUUCAGCCAAUCUGAAAAAUCUGUCCGAUUCAUAAGUACAGAAAAAUUGCAUCAAAAUUGACUGCUCGUAGCGCGUGUCGACCUUACAUCCUAUCCUUUCUCCAUCAAAAAAAGACUUUUAAAAAACCAUAUUCAAAUGUAAAGCCCGCCAGUUCUUCUUACAGUUCAAAUCUCAGUUUGCUUUUUUUGUUUUUGAGUUUGAGAGAGUUUUUUUUCACCUUCCCUUUUGCUUUUUUCAACUGUUCUUUUUUCAUUUCUUUGCCAGUUUAAAGACUUUUGAGUCCCAAUUAAUUCAACCCUUCACUGACUUCCUUUUUCUUUUGCAUACCGAAGCGUUGUUUCAUUUAUCAAGAAGAUGAAGUUCUUGACUUCAUCAUCUUCUUCAGCUUCCUCUACUAUCACUACCACAACUACAAGCACAUCUUUCGAUGCUGGUUGUGUUCGUGAUUCGAGGUCUAGUCCGGCUAGCUGCAUUGCCGGUGUGUUUCGUCGACUUUUAUGCCUGAAUGAUCCUCCAACUCAUCAUCCUUCUCACCAUUUCAAAUACACUGAAAACCAUGACUCUGUUUCUCUGGAGUUGGAUAGGUUUCAAUGUUCUAAAGCAGAGGAGAGCUCUGCUUCUGGUUCAACUCCUAACCUUGUGGCUAGAUUAAUGGGUUUAGAAUCCUUCCCGCAAAUCGAUUUCCCUGUGACUGAAAGAAGUCCUAAUUCUAUUUCUCGAAGCCGUUCGAUGAAUUCUGUGGAUUUAAUGAAGGAGCUGGCAUCGAUGCAGGGGAGGCAUCGUCGUGCCAAGAGCUUUCGGGAAACUCGGUCGAAAUUCGUCGAGUUACAAGAUGAGGAUUUUUACAUUCUUAGCUUUGAGGAUGAAGAUGAAUUUGGGAAAUUGGGAGCAAGAUCGAGGAAAUCCGAGAUGGGUUCGGGGCAAAAGCAAACAAAGCAAGGAAUCAAAGGAGAAAAUUCGAAUUCUAAAGCAAAAAGCAACAAGAAAAGGGAGAGUGUUUAUGAAAAGAACAAAGAAAAUCUUCUCGACACUCGGACUAUUUUCAUUGAGAAUCCAGAAGCAAUCAACUCUAAACAAGUUUCUAAAAGGGUGGUAUUCAGAGGCGGUGAUAAUUCGAAGCUUAAAGAUUCGAUCAACAUUCUUCGUCCAACAAACAGUUCUUGCAGAAAUUCUGCUGCUGCUGACAAAGAAGUAGAGAAAUUAGCAAAACCCAUCAUCCAGAAAUCCGAGAAUGAUUUACAAUUAGGAAGGAGGAGGAUGAAGAAGAGAAAAGAUGAUUGCUUGCUAGUGAAGAGGAUUGAAACAGAGCCAGAUUCUGAAAAUUCAAGUCCAAGUUCUGUUUUGGAUGUUACCAAAUUCCCAGGUGAUCCAGAAGUUACAAGUUGUCCAGGGGAGCCUUCAAGGUUAACAAAUUCCAGAUCAAGGAGGACUUUAGCAGAAGACCUGGAAAAUUACAGGAAGCUAAAUUAUCAAUCCAAUAGUACGUCUUUCAGAUCAAAUAAUAAUAGUUCAUCUUGUGAACGAAAAAGAAUUGAUCAAUUGAGAAAGGAUGGCCAUGGAAGUAGUAGCAGAUUCAUGCAGAUGUGGGGGGAAAUUUACAAUGUGGCAGGAAGAAAUACAGUUCAAGCAGAUUGGUUACUGAACAACAGGAGGGAGAUGCACAAGUUUGAAGAGUACAAAGAAAUCGGCGGAGAAAUCCAAAUGCAAAUUCUAGAUGAAUUGAUUGGAGAGAUGGUUGAUCAGCUUGUUAAUUUGUGUUAACAUCAACUGAUUCAAACUUCACAUUUAGAUCUGCCCAGUUUACUUUGUUUUCCUUUUUACAUAUCUGUAACAUGUAAAUAUUAUUACAGAAUUCGUUACUUGAGGUGAAUUUGGUACGUAGUUCAUAAUCAUUUCGAAUCAGAUAAAAUAUAAAAUUAUUAGAGAAAUGUUCAUAGCUGUCCUUAUAUUUUCUUUUUGCUUCCAUUUUUCCGAAUCUGUAAACAAAGUCAAA